AUAAAAAUUAAAAAAUAAAGGCUCCUGCUUAAUAUUGAAAGACGAAUAUAAAAAGACAUCUAUACGUAUUUAUGUUGGUAUGUAUUUGAUCUUCUUAUAAAAAAUUAAGCAAUGUGCCAACUAAACUUUUCAUUUGGUUCUGGUUUAAGUGUAUGUCCAGUCAUAUCAGUAGUUGGUAGUAGGUAAAAAUUUCAUUUUAGAAAUCUGAAAAAUCAUUCUAUAUAGGAGAAAAUAAGGAAUAUGGAAUACUGGAAACUUACCAUGAGGGAGAUAUUUGUACAUUUUACUGCUUUGACUACCCAUUUCUCUGUGCCAGCAACAGGCCUCUUUAGGGGCUGUUCAUUAUUCCUGCAGAGUUCUGUUGCAUUACCUUUGUGCCAUAUUUCCAUCACAUGUUCUACCCUUUGGCCCUUGGAGUGACUGUUGCAAAAUUAUGCUCUUGUAAGAGCCACUUCCAUGAGAAAUUGUCUUGGAAAUUUUGCUUUUAGCAACACACUUUUCUGCUUUCCUUACUGCAUGAAUCAAAUUUUGUUUGGUUUGUAAAUCAUUCUCCUCAUUUUUUUUUUCCAUUUCAGAGCCACUCAGUACACAUGCAUGUUGCUUAGAUAUUUGUUAGAGCCUAAAGCUGGCAAAGAGAAGGUGGUAAUGAAGCUCAAGAAACUGGAGUCCAGUGUGAGCACUGGCCGUAAAUAUCAUUGAUUUCUAAUCCAUCAUGUUUUUUGAUGAAGUUGACCAGUAAGGCUGCCCUCAUGAAAUGACAGGCCCAGAAAAUUGGAUGUUUUGCUACCGACCAUUUGCAAACACCCUCCUAUGUGCACACUUGGUGCUGUACUGUAUCUUUUUGCUUAAUCAUAACCAGUGGACAUAUGGCAUUUUGCUCGUCUUUCAUUCUUAGAAUUGUACAAUGUUUUGGCAGUCCCUAACAUGAGCUUCUGGCUCCUGGAAGGCCUUUGUAUUUUCUAGAAGAGCAGAAUAGCUUACCUUUUCUCCUUCUCUUGAGGGAUUGCUAGAGGAAAUUGAUGGGGUGGUUCUCAGCCUGUUUGUGGGGUGGUUUCAUGUUCAAGGCAAAAAUGAAGUUAGUGUUUUGCACUCUAUUAAUUCAAUUUAAUAAUAAAGCAUACCGGGAAAACCUCGUACUUCUAAUAACAAUUUCAUACCCAAAUCUUAGUUGUUUGGUAAGAAUCAGAUGUUGUCACAGCAGGAAGGCGGAGAUGUUAGAGUGGAAUAUAGAAAUUAGAUGGUGAACAAUUAUUUUUGCGUACCUACCUUAGGUAUGGUGCUGAGCUUUAUGAGACAAAUAAGAUUACAUGGUGUAAAUAAUAAGAUUUAGUGCCAAAUAUAUUAGCUAGGAUAGAGGAAAAGAAAAGUUUAGGAGGAAAUGGAACUUGAGCUGUAGCUAGAGAAUAAGGGAAGGAGAGCCUUUCUGAAGGAUGAUUUCCUCCAUGAAGGCUCAGAACUGUUAUGAACAGACCAUUGUAUUGGACGAUCAAUGAGGAAACUAGUUUGACAGAAGACUUAAAUUUUCUUUUUUUUUUUGAAAAGAUUUUAUUUAUUUAUUCAUGAGAGACACAGAGAGAGAGAGAGAGAGGCAGAGACACAGGCAGAAGGAGAAGCAGGCUCCAUUCAGGGAGCCCGACGUGGGACUCAAUCCCUGGCCUCCAGGAUCAGGCCCUGGGCUGAAGGCAGCACUAAACUGCUGAGCCACUGGGGUGCCCAGAAGACUUAAAUUUUCAAGUGGAGGCAUGUUGGGGGUAGGGUGAGCUUUGGGGGAUGGCUUUGAAGGAUAGGAUUAGAAGUUCUCAGAUUCUUUAGUAUCUUAGAACUCAUAGGUCACUAGUCUCUGAAGUUGAGGAAGGAAUUACCCAGGGCCAUUCAGCCAUUUUGAUGCAAGAGUCCAAACUGGAACCCAGGAUUAUUCAUUACAUACUCUGUUUUGUGUUAUUUUUGAUAUAAUACCAGACAUUCUCUUGAGAUUAUAAGUCUAUUGAGGAUAUUAAGUGUUUGCUGAGUCAAAGAUAUGGUCCUUAAUGGAAAAUACUUCUUUUGUAUUCUCCAUAAUGUUUAGGACUAUAACUCAUUCUGAGUAGAUACUCAGUAAAUACUUGUUGAUUAAUACAUCCCCAAUUAAUUGAAUUACAUGCUCAGAUAUGGCUAUGCCUUAUAGUGGUUGAUUGAAUUCAACUAGGAGUCACAUAUGACAAUAUUAAUAGUUUUCCUAUCUUCUAAAUCCUACCAUCUCUACGGAGCUGAAGGGGCUUUGGGACACAGAGAUGGCAAAAUGAUAAUGGUGUUUUAUUUAAAAACAAAAAACAAACAAACAAAAAAAGCAGUCUUUUGUCUGGAAAGUCAAUAAAAUCUAAGGUAUCGGACUCUCUAAAAGGAUAUUGGCAUUUGGGUCGGGAGGAAUGGCCACAGUGAAUCAAACCUUAAUAUGUGCAAAAAUAAACAAGGAAGUAAAUAAAGUUGCAUCUAGACUUCAUGUUAUCAUAGUACUACUUCUAAAGAUGUAGAGCUGAUAAGCUGAUAAUGGUAAAAUGUCACAAUCCACACUCAUGAUUGACCUUGCCUGAAGGAUGUUGUAAGCCAGUGUUAAGGUAUUCACUUGAAUAGAAGUGAUAAAUUUAAAGAGUUGCUGUGUUUUAUGCCUUCCAGGAUCAUUUUGGGUGUCCUUAAUAUGCUGUAAAGUCCUUCCUUAUUCCUGAGUGAAGACUGAGCCUCAAAUGACAGUCAGUUGUCAGAACACCAGCACUGGUCUCUCAUCCUGAUAUAGGGAUCCUGCCUUCAUAUCCCAUAGUAACUAAAUAUUUGUUAACUGUUGUGGGUUCUUCUUGCAGGGUUCAGACUAGGCAAUGUAGUACAUGCUGUGCAGGCGACUCAGCAGAGCAUUCAUGCCACUGACCUGGUGCCCCGUGUAUGCCUAACGUUAGCCAACGUGAACCGUGUGAUUUAUUUCAUCUGUGAUACCAUCCUCUGGGUGAGGAGCGUAGGGCUAGCCUCUGGCAUUAACAAAGAAAAAUGGCGAAUGUGGGCGGCCCGCCAUUACUACUAUUCUCUCCUGCUGAGCCUGGCCAGGGAUCUGUAUGAAAUUUCCUUGCAGAUGGAAAAGAUUGCACACAACAGAGCAAAGAGGGAGAAGUCACUGUCUCAAGAUCCUCUUGGGUACAACGUGGCUGAUGAGGAAACAGAGUGGCUCCAGUCCUUUCUCCUUCUCUUAUUCCGCUCUCUGAAGAAGCAUCCUCCCUUGUUCCUGGACACAGUGAAGAACUUCUGCGAUAUCUUGAACCCCUUGGACCAGUUGGGGAUCUAUAAGUCCAAUCCUGGCCUUAUUGGACUUGGAGGUCUUGUGUCUUCCAUAGCAGGCAUCAUCAUAGUGGCAUAUCCUCAGAUGAGGCUGAAGAUGCACUGAAGUGGUUUCAGACUGAAGAGACAGCAUCCUUAGGAUGGACAUUUUUGUGAGCCACAGACCAUGCUAUACUGAGCAUAGAGACUCGUUCACGGGAGCAUUUCAUGACCAGCGAUGUGAGCAGAGGUGGGGCCAAGAAUGGAGAACAGGAGUGCCUGAAAAUUUGUGUUUUUUAGAGAGAUGGAGUGACUUCUGCAUUUCUGAGUAUUUUCUUUUCAUCUAACACUUAAUCGAGCAUCUGAUAUGCUCGUAGUGGGAGCUUACUAUUUGCUGAGUAGGUGAAAAUUGAAAAAGGCCCAAACAAUUGAACAUUAAUAUACAGUGACCUUUUGGUUGUGUGCCUCACUCACUACUGUAGGUCUGAUAUCCAGCCCUCUCUCAGACCUAGUAGAGGCCUCUCAUUCCUCUGACCAGAUACCAACCCCAGCUCUUGCCUCCCCCCACUUCUCCAUAGAGGCCCAUGCCAAGGCACAGGGGAGCUAGGCUUAUGUCCUUUUAUCCUGUCAUUUCUUUGUCCGGAAGUAGAAUCAGAAAUGCAUCAGGUCCCUUCAUGGUGUAAAUGAUGACUGGGUGGUGCAGUGAGUAAGCAGAAAUCAGAAGCACAUGGAAAGGACUAGAGUACCCGUAAUAUGGGAGGUCACAACAGGUGCUUGUGGGUAGCCUGUGACAGGUGGAUGAAACAGGUUAAAAAAACAGGCCAGCAUCUCAUUCCUCUCACUCCCAAUCCAUUGUUCUUUCCAAAAUAGUUUGUUGCCUUCCUGAUUGAGUGGAAGUGUGAGACUCCAGAAUCCUGUGUGAAAAGCCUUUUUUUAGAACUUUGUUAGUGGUUUAUAUAAAAAAAACUAUCUAGAUUUAGCAACUAGAUUUUUUAUUUAAAGCCAUAUAACAGUUUGGGUACUUAUACAUUAAUUUUCAUCAAAAUUCAUGCAGUUAAGAAAUUUCACGAAUACUCUGAAUGAAGGAGCAUCACAAUUUUCUGUGAUAAAUCAGGCUUCAUAUGUGUGGGGUGGUUGGGGGAGUGGAAAGAGCAAUAAGGGGCUACUGAGAAGACCAUUUAUUCAUGGUCCUCCUUCCCAUCUUGGGUGUUGAGUUCUUAUUUGUGAUUGCAGAUCCUCCAAUUGGAGGGCAGUGAUAUAGAAAAAUAGGAUGUUGUCAGGUAGGAAGCCAAUAUCAGUCCUAUCAGUAAAGCCAUUUCACUUACCUGAAGGGAAAUGAGAAGAGAAAUGCCACUAAAUAAAUUUCCCGUAAAUGUGAAUGAGAUUCUUAAGAAGUAGACUUAGGUCCUUGGCUCUCUUAUUUUUAAAGUGAUUAGUCAAGAUAACGAGAUUUGAGGAAACACUUGGGGAAUUUUAAGAGGAAUGAAAGCUGCUAGGUCAGGGCAAGUAAAAAGUUUUAAGCAAUUAAAUAUUACUUUGUCCAGAUCCUUUACUAUCAAAGGUUAAUUAUGUCUAAUAAAUUUCUAGACAAAAGACA